GGAAACAAUGAAGUGACGCCCACGGUCGUCCAAAUGAGCGCAUCCCACUGUACGCAGCAUCUACGUAAUGUGUCUGCUGGAGCGCUGAGAACAACAACAGGCACUCGGGACUGAGGGAUGCUGCUGGGACUCAGUGGAUGAUGCGCCCCACGCCCCACGCUCCGCAGGAAUCACCGCCAUUACAUCAGCCCUACCCACAGAGCCGUUUAAUCACCGUCUCUACCGGGGAUCCCGGCCGUUUGGACCGAGCGGCGGGGAUUAUUAAAAAACACCGCGGGAAUGAUGGCGUUUCAAUGAAAGCAGUGGAGGGGAGGGGGGGGAACGGAGACGUGCACCGUCAUCAGCAUCUGCCCGUCAGCUCCCUUUGUUUUCACCGGAGAACGUGAAUGGCGAGAGAUGACAUGGCAGAGGCAGACGUGCCGUCAAACGGAGCGGAGCCCCCCGGUGAGGCCUCUCCGGCGUUCCCCUAUGAGGAGUACGAAUGCAAAAUCUGUUACAAUUACUUCGACCUUGACCGGCGGGCUCCGAAGAUCCUGGAGUGUUUGCACACGUUCUGCGAGGAGUGCCUGAACACGCUUCACCUCCGGGAGGAGCGGCCAUGGCGCAUCAGCUGCCCCGUUUGUCGCCACCGGACGCCCGUCCCGGACUAUCGGAUCCAGAAUCUGCCCAACAACACCAAGGUGACAGAGGAUUUCCCUCUCUACAUCGACUCAGACCCCCUUCCGCAGGACGCCCUGCCGCCAUACCCCCCGCCGCUGCAUCCGGCUCUUGUCGCGCUCCGCCGGGAGGAGGCGUCGGGCGCGUCCGGUGCCAGCCAGGCGACCCCUUCCACUACGGUGUCCACAGCCACGACCCUCUCUCAGGACUCCGUGCGCUACGACAGCUGUCAGAGCUGCAAGAGGGUGGCGCUGACCACCGGAUGCGUGUGCGUGAUUUUUUCGUUCCUGUCCAUGCUGGUGCUGCUGUUUAUGGGCCUGAUCUUUGUGCACAGCCACAGCAUCCCCCCAUCUCCGGCCGGACCCAUCUGCCUGUCGGUCGCCAGCAUCCUGGCCAUGUUCUCGGUGGUCGUCACGUGGCUCAUCUGCUGGCUCAAAUACAGACCUGACCACGAGACAGGCCGCGGGUCCGCCACCAGUAACUCCAGGAGGAACGCCUGAUUGGCUGCUGGCUCUGAUGCAGGGGGGCAGUGUGUGUUAUCAUGUACAUAGAAGCCUCCUGGCAAGUCAUUCUCCUGGUCCCUUUACUCGUUUUAGGGACAAAUCUUGCCCAAAAUGGCCUUUUACCAGUAUAGCAACCACCCAAAGGCCUUCAUGUUGUUUGGAGCAAUAUAGGCCAACUUGAUCCUUGAUAAUCCGUUCCUAAACUUAUGCACUUGACUUUAAGGUGGUAGCUGACUGGACGUGUUGAUGAGUGAACUUCAUACUUUGACUCCCUCAUUGGGGUGUAUUUGGUUGGAUAAAUGAUUAUGAAGUGCGUAUAUUUGGAUUUGAUAUCCCUUUCCUUACUGUCCAGCUAUAUAAUAUGCAUUUUCCCCACCAUGCCACUCACUGUAUGAAAACUGUCAACAAUGAUUCACUCAUAUCUCAAAAAAGCACCAAUGUUAAUUGUACAGAUGUGUUCACUUUUGAGUUUUUGGAUAAAAGGGUUUGGUUCUGAUAGAGGAUUGCUGUGUGUUUAUGUGGUGGAUCUUUAAAUCGGAUCUCAACCAAGCCACGCCCACACCGGAAUCAUGUAAAUAGGUCACAAGUGUGGAGAACUGCUGUGGGAUAUUUGGUGUGAUCAGCCUUUUUUAGAGACCUUCCUUUGUGCUUUACCUUUAUCUUGCAGGAUUACACUGUUUUUACUGCCCACCUCUUCCAAGCAAAGUUAUACAUAGAGACAGCUUGUGAUUUUGAACCUGUGUUUUGCUACUUUUGUGCAUGUGAGGUCAUUCUGUUCCUUUCCUCACUUUCUAAAGAAAGAGACAAGUUUGUCUCAUGACUUUUGUGCCUCACCGUAUUUUUAAAUUAAGUAACUUCACUGCUAUCAGAAUCAGAAUCAGGCAGCAUCAAACCUGGGUAACAAAUGGGGAUUCCCUCAUCUGCCCUCACCAUUUAUUCACACUGAAUAAAGGGUUUUCCAACGUAUAGCACUUUUUUGUAUGUAAGAAUGAUGUAAAAGCUUUUGCAUGUUGCUUUGGAGAGGGAGAAUGUUAAGCAGGUACAGUCCAGAUUCCCACUUCAGCUGCUUCCAAGUUCACCUAUUUUCUUCCUUCAAAGCCAUAGUUAAGGAUUCAAUCACCUUAAAAGGCUCAGCUAGUAGGUUUUAAAUGGGUUCAUUCACUGUCAAACUGGCCCCUUUGAGCUCCUCAUGAGUGAUGACUUGGUCUGGAACCUAAUUAAUUAGCUAUACUCAUAAAGCAGACAGUUACAAUAAAACUGGUGUAACAGCAUUCAUACACUUAUUCAAGUACUAUCAACAUGAAGUGCUUAGAUCUGGGUUUGAUACCACUUCCCUUACAGUCCAGCUAUAAAACAACUAGGUUAGUUAAAUUUCAACAAAUAAUUAAAAUCUAUUUGAUUUAUGAUUAAGGCAGUGAAACUUUACUGAAAUGGAAAUAAAGGUUUCAAUAUUAGAGGCAACCACAGCUAAUAUGAUCAGCUCACAACUUUGACCUUAGCAUUAGCGUAGUGACUAAUGUAGUUAAUCAAGUUCUCAACUUUUAAUAAAUCAAUCUAUUUAUUCAUAAUACAAACCACAGAAGCUUAUCUGCCUCUUUGUUCUCUACUGAAGACAACCUAAUCACCUGCACUGAUAAAACAGACUGUUUAACCAGUAACAAUGGUUGCACAAUUGGCAAAUGAUGUACCUUAGUAGAUUUUAACCAACAUUUCUGAAAUCAUGUGAGCUCAACAUGCUAAAAAACAUUCCAUACAUGUUUUAAAAUGUACUUACUCUGCUAAAUGAGUUAAAUUAUAACCAUUAAUCAUUUAGAUCUUUUUACUUUUCUGGAUUAAUAAGAAUGUUUUUUUUUCCAUUAAGGGAUUAAAUGUUUCCAAAAUGGUAAUAAACUUUUUUAAUCCAUUCUUACAAGGUGACAUGUAAAACUUUCCCCUAAUCCCUAAGGCUAAAUUAAUUUGUUUACUGGCACCAACAGCCUCAGAUUUAAGAAAGCUGGCUUGCUAGUUGCUAUAUAUGCUUGCUGCUAAUUUUGAUAAAUCAGAAACUUCAAUUUUUUUUCCAGCACAGAGUCCUUCCCAUCCACAUGUCUUCAUUCAUAUUAAUUUAUAAUACAACACAUUUCAGCCUCACCGUUCUCUGCUUUCAAGAGCCUAGUUAGGGUCAGUGAUAAAAAAAAAAAAUUUAAUUUAACCAAUAAAACUUUCAGUAGAUGUUAAUUAACUAAUUGAAAAUGUAGAUACUCAACUAAAUUAAUGAAAUUCUGACUAUUUAUUUAAGAUCAUUUAGCUAAUCUCUAUUAUUCUCCAUGUUAAAAAGAAGCUAGCAAGCAAACAUCCCAAAAUUAAUAUAAGAUUCAGGCAAAAAUGAUACUCAAACAGGGCCCCAUGUAAAUCUUUUCACUUUCAAGCACAGCUCAUUGUGUCGCUCAUUAGCAGCAACUCAUUUAAGGCUAAGAAGCUCAGCUUUGCUAGCAAGCUUACCUUUAGCACUAGCGCUUCGGCUAAACUAGUUAAAGCUGAAUACAAAUUUUAAUUCUUGCUCCAACACAAAAGCUUUCUUAACCAAGUGUCUUAUAACAGCUCUUAACGUUUGCUAACAUGAUGUAUUCAUUAACAAUACAACACUUAUCUUCUAGAUACCGCACCAGAGGAAGAAGAACACCAGUUACCUAAACCAACAUCUUCUGUAAAAUUCUGUUUAAAAUUAUCAGGUAGGAUUUGUUACCAAAAUAAAGUAGCUAAUGUUGUUAGCAUUUUACCAUUACAGAACAUUGCAUUUACGAACUAAUUUACUUGAUUACAUUUUAAAUAAUUCUAAUGGCUAGUACCCUCCAAGAUGAUUUUUUUUGUGUAUGUGGCUGACUUUAUAUAGAUGCAUUAGGAUUAUGGGUGUUGAAAGCUGGUGCUGUCCAGCAACUAUACUGAUACGCUGCAGAUGUUGAAACGAGAAUACUUCCACCUUAAAUGCUAUCUGGAAUACACUUUAGGUCUGAGUGGAAUACAACAAAACCAACAAAAAUCAGGAUCAGGAUCAGAUGGAAGUGGGCUAAACUGGAGGGUGUAUUUUGUCAAUGCAUAAUUCUGUCCCUGCAACCCUAAGUCUUUUGUAAAAGAAAUGUCAGCACCUGUUCCGUGGUGACUUGUAUUAGUCUCAUACCUACAAAAGGUGAGACCAAAUUGUUUUUCUCUAGGAAAGCCAGUUUACCAGGAUUAUUGAUGGUUAAUGAGCUUGAGCCCUGGCAAUCUGAUUGUGUGAAUCAUCCUGCUCGACGUUUUUCCCAACACGUACAAUGCACUUUCACCCUCUUAUUUGACACAAGUAAUGGGGUAAACCUUUGACCAAUGUAAGCGUAAUGUAUUUAUUUCCGAGGACCUAAAAAAAGUUGUCGGUUUUUAUGAGAAUCUGUGGUUGUUGUUCCAAAUGUACCAGAUGUAUUUGCACAGAGAAAUGUUCUUUUUGUGCUGUUUUACAUUCAUAAACACAUUUCAGUAAUAAAGGAAACAUGGAUACCAGUCA